AGACAUCUCGCAAGGGCGUGUCGCUCUCUUGAAUUGCAAAUCGAACGGACUGAGCCGCCAGCAUAAUACAUCGCGAGGAGCACGCGUAAUGUGUGCCGUACUGUUCUCUGCUCAGCAUCGUAGGAGUACGUCAGGUGGGCAUGAGCACGUCGUGGAACCUCCCACACCGCUGUGAUGUAUGAUUACUGGAUUCAGCAUGCUCGACAGACUCACCAGCAGAGCGUCGACGUUGGCGGUGGAAGCAUUCACAACUCUAGAGGGAGUCACAUUGAAGAAUAGGGAAAAGCUGGGAUGCGAUGGCCCCUUGCGCGUUUUGACUUGGCCCGUACCCGCGUGGGUACAUACCCGAGCUCCCGGGUACGGGUUUAGGUCGGGUAAUCCGUGUAUGGUGUAUCAGGUUGCAGCAUGGCUAUCUGUUCGUCGCUAGAGAUGCUGCCAAGAGUUCUCUGUACUUACACGCAGCAUACCUGACGCCCUUCUACAUGUUCACGGCCGCUCUUCAGCAGCAUGCAAUGGUUGCGCUCGCUAAUGAACCCAUAGCGGUGACCGUCAUAUAUGAUAUUAUCGCUCAUCACAGCAAAACUUCUCGUACUAGAAUCACCUCAAUUUGUAUAGCCCUUUCACGACAGUGUAACGAAGUCUCACCUCGCCGAGGGGUCCACGGGUACGCUCCGUCAGGUAUAUUCCAGGUCUCGAGGCGGGGUCACCCAACCCGUGCACAUCCCUAGGUUCUCCUGGAUAUUUGGAAGGUCGAUACUACAGCCUCCGCC